AUAAACGCAACACAUUUAAAAUCAACAUACAAGAUGAGUUUAAGAGACGAAGAAACCUAGGCCGACCCCUUAAUCAGAAUAGUUAAAAAUUCUGGAGAGCGCAAGGUAAAACUUCUAUGUGUGCAUCCGACUUUUUGGUACAUGUAGUAUUGCACAACGUUACAUAACAAUCUUGGCGUGUAUUACACUGUUGCUUUUACAAGAAUAUUGCACUCAGACAAUACUUAUCUGCUAGAAAAUAACCCAAAUGGGGAUUCUCAGAUCCAGUGAUUCUAAAGUUAUAUUGACCACAACUAUGUCACAAAAACUGUGACACACACCCACAAACAGACACACCAAAAACAAUAUCUGAACAAACUUCCGAAAUACACGUGAAGUUACUUUCUACAGACAACCACCUACCCAUCACUGUUGAACCAUUUAUGAUCCGCCCCUAGCAAGCUCUGUUGUUGUCGCGUGACAAACCCGACCGGUUCCCCGCCUUUUGUAAGACAGAACUUGGUGCCUCCACCCCCGGCCAGGUUCUAUCUAGAACGGUAAAUACCGGACGAAAACAGUACGAUGGAUCUUGAAAAGAAGACGGUAGCCCUCAAAAGAAAGAUCACGCUUUUCAACGGGAUCUGUAUGAUCGUAGGCGGGAUCAUAGGCGGUGGGAUUUUCAUUUCGCCGAAAGGUGUGCUCGCCGGAAGCGGUUCUAUCGGGGUGUCGCUGAUCGUGUGGGCGGCAUGUGGUGCCUUCUCCAUCGCCGGGUCUCUCUGCUACCUCGAACUGGGCUUCUCUAUACCGAAGUCGGGAGCGGGGUACGCCUAUAUCUUAGAAGGUUUCGGAGAGCUCCCAGCUUUCUUGUUUCUCUGGGUGGAGUUUUUGAUAAGGAAUCCGACGUCGGAGGCCAUUUCAGCCCUGACCUUUGCUUCGUAUGUGGCACAACCGUUCUUCCCACACUGCGAGGCGCCUCAGAGACUGAAGACUAUCAUUGCUGCACUUUGUCUCAGCGUCCUGAUCUUCAUCAACUGUGCCAAGGUCCGCUGGGGAACCCGAGUAGUGGACCUGUUCACUAUCACCAAACUGUUCGCGCUGGUUAUCAUCAUAGUGGCGGGCUUCGUGUCGUUAGGCAUGGGAAAGAAUGAAAACUGGCAGGACACAUUUGCAGGUGUGACUACGGUGGGAGGUAUCGCGCAGGCGCUGUAUUCAGGACUGUACGCGUAUUCUGGAUGGGACGGUCUUAAUUUUGUGACUGAGGAGCUACGAGACCCAGUCAGAAACAUGCCUCGUGCGAUUUUUGGCGGGUUGGGGUUGGUAAUGCUGAUCUACAUGCUGACCAAUGUCUCCUACUACACCGUACUGACCAGCGCCGAGGUACUAGCGGUAGACGCCGUGGCAGUGGAGUUCGCCAGGAGAAUGUUGGGAGUCAUGGCCUGGUGCAUCCCAGUGUUUGUCGCAAUGUCCACCUUUGGUACCCUCAAUUCCACAAUUUUCCAGUCAGCCAGAAUGUACUACGUUGGAGGUCGGGAAGGUCACCUGCCAGUCUUCAUCUCCAUGAUCCACGUCACCAGACUGACGCCACUUCCGGCACUACUGGCUAAUGGCGUUCUGGCGUUGAUUAUCCUCCUGUUCGGCGAUAUCUACACACUGAUCACGUACUACGCCUUCAUCCGGUGGACCGGGGUGGGUGCCGCCGUGGCCGCCUUACUUAUCCUGCGGUGGAGGAAGCCUGAUCUCCCGAGGCCGUUUAAGACGCCCCUGAUCUUCCCGAUCCUGUUCUUCCUGGCCUGUGUGUUCCUGGUGGUGAUGCAGUUUUACACCAACCCGUACAACCCGCUCAUCGGCAUCGCGCUGUCCCUCACCGGCCUGCCGUUCUACUUCCUCUGCGUCAGGCGUACCGACAAGCCGGCGGUACUGGAGAGGGUCUAUGGUGCAUUCCUCCGUCGUUACCAGCAGCUGUUCCAGGUGUGCCUUCCUGACAAGACACCUGAUUUAUAAACAGCUACACUCAGGAAUUUCCACAGAAGGAUGGCCAUGUUUGAGCUAUGUUGUUUGAAUAUGCAACUACUGUACCAUCCUUUGAAUAACAUUCCAGACAUCUUCGUGAUCAGAGGAUAAAAAUGAAUUUGCAAAAGCCCAAAAUAUUUUCUUACCAUUGUUGUAUAUUACAUGUAAUAUUAUUAGUAAUUAUAGAUAUGAUAUUAUGUUUAAGACUAGAAAGGCAACAUUUUACAGAAUGUUUCCCUUCCAGUAAUUUGCAUUCUGUCAAGCUACUGUAAAUGCAUUUAAGUUUGCGGUGAUUUAAUUUCGCGGUAGCGGGAAAAAAGACUUUUCGCGGUGGAUUUAAGUUCGCGGUAACACCUUAGACUCCAGUCUAAUACCAUAAUAGAA